AUGGUCUUUACGAAAUUACAGUCAAAUUCUUUGAAUGCGAAUAGAGUACAACAUGAAGACGAAAAUGUAGAAAUAACACCAACUGCAACUGACAGACACAUUCGUGUAUCGGCCGUCGGAGAAGCAAUCCUUCGGCCAAAUAAAUGUAAAAUUUCAAUCUCUGUCACGGGGAGAAAGGAAGAAGCCCAGGAAGCCAAAAGUAGUGUUUCAAGACGAGUGGAAUACAUCAAACAAUGCCUAUUUAAUUAUGGAAUAACAAGUGAGAAUGUAGAUAUAUUUGAGAGGUUAAUGAGAGAAGGUAAACUAGUGAUAAUGAAAUGUGAUAUAACGGCAGUUUUCACCGACUUCAACAAAUGUCAAGAAUUCUCAAAUCUUGUCAUAGAAAAAUUAGAUCAGAAUGUCCAGGUAUCUCUUCCUGAAUUUCAGCAUGAUGAUAAGUUUAUAGAAUCUCUAAGGAAAGAAGCAAGUUUACUUGCCAUUCAUAAUGCAAAACUUAAAGCACAAGAGAUGGCAAAAUUAGUUCAUCUUGAUGUCGGUCGGCCUAUAAGCAUUCAAGAAGAAGAAACAACUGAAUCAACACCCCCUGGCGAUCUGGCAGAUUCCGUUCAUCAACGUAAACUUGAUGCUACCAUGACAGUCACUAGCAAAAUAUCUGUUUUAUUUGAGCUUAAAAAGAGAAGCAAAAAGAAGUGA